AAUCAUCAGCAGUUUGUUCUGAGAUUUAUUAGCGUUGGCAACGCGUAAAAUUGACAACAGACACAUGUGCACAAAAUUAAAGCGCAAACAAAUUUUGUAAACAAAAAUGAGUGCCUGCACAAAUUGCCAAGAUUUGACUAGAAAGUAUAGAUGCCCAAAAUGUUUGGAGCCGUACUGCUCCCUCAAAUGCUUUAAAGAACACAAGGAAAAAAAUUGUGAACAGAAGCAGUUGGAAGAUACUAAAGCCGAGGAAUUGGAAGGUGAGGAACAGACCUGUCAUGAGGCUUUUCCUACUAAUGAUACAGUACCAAAAGCGUUACUUGAAAAUUUAAAAUAUUCAUCGGAACUGCGGAGUUUACUCCAAAAUUCACAUUUACGUAAUUUGCUACGAGAAAUUGACGUAGCGCGCAAUGUCAACAAUGCCAUGACUGCGGCUAUGCAUGAGCCACUUUUUCUGGAGUUCGCGGAUACCUGUUUGAAAGUUGUCGACCCAAUGACUGAGGAGGAAGUAAAAGAAGCGAAAUUGUUACAUAGUUAACUUUAUUUGAGGAGCUUGUG